AAAAAUUUGAUUCCAAUGAGAUUUUUUGUUUUUGGCAAAGAGCUUUCAAAAUGUUUCUGGCUUAGCGUGAAGAGUUGGAAUCCAAUUCAUGCUAUUACUCCACGUCAUCACACACACUUUUAAACCCAAGAACCUCUCUGCUCUCCUCUCACCCUCAAUCCAAUUCACAAAAAAAUCUUUCACUUUCUCUGUUUUUCCCCUGUUUUUCUCUGUUUUGCUCUGUUUUUUCAGACAUAAAAAUGGAGGGUCUCAUUCCUUUUGUGUACAAAGCUAUAAUGCAGUACAAGAAUGGAAGACAAGGGCCAAUAGGUUCAUGGCUUUGUGACUCACCUUCUUACUCAUACAUGAAGCUUCCAGGUGAUUCAGGCAGAUUUCAAACCUCUGCUUCCUCUCUGUUUGGAUCAGAAUAUGUACUUUCUUCUUCUUCUUCCUCUUCUAAGCCUGGUUCUUCUGCAACCCAAGUCAUGGUUUCUUCUUCUGAUCGAUCCCCUUCUUGUAACUUGAAUCUCCCAAGAGUUCCAACAUGAACAUCAUCAUCAUCAUCAUGUUUCAGUACAUGAAUGUUGUUAAUGCCUUAUUGUUAAGUGUUCAAGUUAAGUUUGACUCUUUCAAUGGAUCCAGUUUGGAUCAAGUUUGGUCCUGGUUUGAGCUUGCAAGCAUGGAUAACCCUAAAGGAGUCUUGUGCUUGUUUGCAUGUUUGUAUUGUGCAAUUGUAAAUACCUGUUUUGAUGUUUAUGAAGAUGUAUUUGUUUCAUGGCCAAAGGGUCAUUUGUUCUAUAUAGUGAAGGAAUGAUUGUUUGUUCUGUCUUAA